GUCUCAACAUGGCCUACGUGGCGUGCGGGCGGUUGGACGCCGGGUUCGAGAUGGGCUCUUGGGAGCUGAACCACGGGCCGAAGAUUUGGGAUUUUGCUGCCGGCAAGCUGCUAGUUGAGGAGGCGGGGGGCAUAACGCGCGACGUCGCCGGUCCGCUGCCGGCGGAGGCGCCGCUGGAUCUGCUGGGGCGCAGUUUCUUCGCGGCGUCCUCGCGGUGCCUCGCCGCAGAAGUGAUGGAUGCGAUUGUCGAGGGGCAAGAGCGUAGCGCUGAAGGGCUUGGUGAGACGCGGCGGGAACUAUGA